GUGAACACGAGUUGCCAAACAUAAGUCUCCUAUCCAUUCGCUACAGCUUGGGCGAGGCAGACAGGCAGCCCUCGAGAUGCCACGGGACAUGUCACCAGGACGAUAAUACCUCCUCUCUUUCCCGCCAUGCGACUCCGCCAUGUAGCGCAAUCCAGUCUGCGGCGCAUCACUCGCCGCUACCCAUGGACCAAGCACAUCUCGCUCUUCACCUCCGCCAUCACGCUACUCUGGCUGUACUUCAUCCACGCCGAAGAACGAGGCAUCUCCCACUCACAUAUCAGAACAUGUGACUGGCAGAACUGGGAGUCAUGGCAUCGCGAUGCACAACCCCACCGAUCCGUCUUCAUCGCCGACCCGCAACUCGUCGACCCCCACACGUACCCAGGACGUCCGUGGCCGUUGUCGAGUCUGACCGAGUACUACACCGAUUUGUACAUGCGAAGGAAUUUUAAGCUGAUCAACCAAGUGCUGGAUCCUGACAGCAUUGUAUUCCUCGGAGAUCUCCUGGAUGGAGGACGGGAGUGGAGCACGGAAAGAGCGAGGGGCUUGAACACCGAUCAGAGACAGGUGCUGAUCAACCUGCUGAUAUUGGAUGAGAAGAAAAAGGAAGGACAGAGACUGCUGGGUGAUGGGACAACGGACCUCAACCAAUUUGUCGCAGGUGAAAAUGGCCGCUGGAGCAAGUAUAAGCAGCAGCAGUGGGAUACCGAGUACGACCGCUUCGCGAGGAUAUUCCUGGCUGAGGACCAGCUAUACCCGGGUGUGAAUCGGAGCCUGCUGGCAGCAUGGGAGCAGCCAGAAAGUCCUGUGAGCAUUGAAAAUGGCGCGAGAAAUGUGACAUGGGAUGAGUAUGCAACUGCGGGAGGCAAGAGCCGGAUUUUGAAGACAAGUCUGCCUGGAAAUCACGACUUGGGCUUUGGCAAUGGAGUACAAGUGACUGUGAGGGACCGCUUCGAGAGUCACUUUGGAGAGUCCAACAGUAUCUACGUGCUCGGGAACCACACUUUCGUGAGCCUGGACACUCCGUCAUUGAGCGCAUAUGACGAGUUCGUUCCGGAUGUUGGAGAAGUCAGUGAAGAGCGCCGGCAAAAGUACAGUCACUUAUGGAAACCCGCGAACGAGUUUCUGGAUGGCUUGGACAAGACAGGCCCUAAAGUUGUCGCAGAAGAGCUGGAGCGGAUCUUCCCAGGCUCGCACCCUCCCAAGCUAUGGUCACACGAUAUUGUCGAGCACAAGGACGAUCGCGGCAUUUUGGACAAGCUGAAGCCCGCUUCAGGACCUCACAUGAAACGCGAUGAUGAAGAGUGGAAAUUGGCCCCAACUGCGAAGAAGCCAACAGGGCCCCGGCUUCCAGUCGUUCUUCUGUCCCAUGUCCCGCUCUACCGUAACCCCGACGUCGACUGCGGCAAGCUGCGAGAGAGGGGGAAAGCGAUCCCGCUCUCUGCAGGCUAUCAGUACCAAAAUGUAUUGACGCCAAGUCUGACGAGUAUCGUUGGCAAGAAAGUCUCUGCAGCUGGCGACAUUGUGCACAUUUUCUCAGGAGACGACCACGAUUACUGCGACGUUGAUCAUCGAUUCAAUGUGGGCCGGUACGACGAUGCCACGAAAAAAGAACAUGUUGUAAUGCGAACUGUCCGCGAGGUGACAGUCAAAAGCUUCAGCUGGGCCAUGGGUGUGCGCAAGCCAGCAUUCUUGCUGGUGAGCUUGUGGAAUCCUGUUGAUGAAAAAGGCAAGCACGUCGGCGACUGUAUGGGUGGCGUAGCCGAAGGAUGCAAAACUGUCCAAACGGAACUGUGUCUGCUACCUGAUCAGCUGAGCAUCUUCAUCAGCUAUGCUCAGCUGCUGGGGUUGACUAUCAUAGUGCUCUUCGUGAGAUCAGUCAUUAUUGGCAUUCGGAACCUUCCCGAGCCCGAGGAGGACGACUCUGAGCUGGACAUUAACACAGCUCGCGAGAAAAUGGGGCUUCCCCGAUACCUUCCUCGGGGAAAACCAUACGGACGGAAUGGUUCUAUCAGUCCUCGAAAGGCUUCGCCGAAGCCCGACGAAAAGAAGGGCCGUGGUCGUGCAAGUUCAACGUCUACCGGUUCAGCCAACGGCAAUAACAUCGGCAAUCAGCAUCUCAGCGUGCAACGCUCCUACAAUGCUCGUACAAGAACAGUGUCACCUGCGAUGAAGUCUGGCUCCCUUACUCCAAAUCAUUCUGGCUAUGUCUUGCCCGACCUCUACGAAGCCAACAGCAAGAUGAACGGCAACGGCAGCUUGAUUGACAAAGCUGGAUACUAUCCCAAAAUGCGCUGGCGGGACCCGGACGAAGAUGAAGAAAGCGACGAAGAGUCACACGUAGGGGGCCAUUAUGAUGAUUUGGACGACAGUCAAGCGAAAGGCGGGAAAGUCGGGCGAAGGAAGCCCAAAUCAAAAGCACGCAGGGCGUUGGAUGAAUUUUUCAGAAGUCUCUUGUUAAUUGCCGUUCCGGCUGCAUUGUGGUAUGGGUUUUUGAUUAAGAAUGGGUGAUGUAUAUAUUGCAUGAACGGACUCCUUUCUUUCCUCAGGCCACAUCGGACUGGCAAUUGGUAAAUUCAUAGAUGGUCUUGAUGUGCUGAGCGCUCUUCAGGCGGCUUCUUCACCAACGAGGAGACACUGGGAAAUCAGCGAUGUGACACGCUUGUUGUCGACUGGCGGCAUCCCUGUCCUAUCAAGGUAGUGACUUCGCUUUUCUUUGGCAUACGAUCACUGGAAACUUCGCGACGAAGCUGUAGACCGGCCUGGCAACAAGGAGAGAAUGCUGCGACAAGAAGCAGCAAACCACUUCCACAAUGGCUCAGGCGCAUCUAGGCGAUCGCGCCUUUGACGACCAAAGCUAGGCUGAUAGAGAAGGGUGCGAGACAUUCCAGCACUGCGCAAACAAGCAAUCUUCCAGCAUCAUGGCUCUUCAGGACUUAAUUGACACUGCGGCUGUAGUUACUGAACAUCAACACAGCAACUCACACUGCGCUUGCCAUGGCGGAUUACGAUGCCGUGAUUGGCGUUUCACUCGUUGCCAUCCUCGUUGCGUCCCUCGUUCAAUUUUACGUCGAAGCACAACAUGCUGGACUCUGGCACAGGCUGGGGAAAAGCACACGGAAACGAUUUGAACAUGUGAUCCACUUGUGGUCUUGGAUGCGGAACCAGCGUGAUCAGAACCAUGGGCGCUUUCCCGGUGUCGAGUUGGCACCAAAUAGAAGAGACCGCCGACAAGCAGUGGAGGAUGGGACCCGCACCUU